GAAGCGCGUGACCAGGGCGGACGCACGUGACCCUCGGUUGCCGCCACGUGACCGGCGCGCGCCCCCACGUGUCCCUGGCUCGGCCCGGCCAUGGCGGGCGCGGUGGCGGCCGCGGGCUCCGUGGAGCAGUUCCAGAAGCUGCUGCAGCGCCCGGACAGGUCCCUGGUGGUGGUGCACUUCUGGGCGCCGUGGGCUCCGCAGUGCGCGCAGAUGAACGAGGUGAUGGCGGCGCUGGCCCGCGAGCACAGCCAGGUCACCUUCGUGCAGCUGGAAGCUGAGGCUGUGCCUGAAGUGUCUGAAAAAUAUGGAAUUAGUUCUGUUCCAACGUUCUUGUUCUUUAAGAACUCGCAGAAGGUGGACCGGCUGGACGGCGCGCACGCUCCGGAGCUGACGCAGAAGGUGCAGCGGCACGCGGCGGGCACGGCUGGCACGGCGGGCACGGCCGGCCCCGGCGGCGCUGCCCCUGCCCAGGAGCAGCUGCACGCCCGCCUCAGGGGGCUCAUCAACGCGGCGCCCUGCAUGCUGUUCAUGAAGGGCUCUCCCAGGGAGCCCCGCUGCGGCUUCAGCAGGCAGAUGGUGGAGAUCCUGCAGAAGCACGGCGUGGCCUUCAGCAGCUUUGACAUCUUCUCCGACGAGGAGGUGCGCCAGGGGCUCAAAGCCUUCUCCAACUGGCCAACCUACCCCCAGCUCUACGUCAAGGGCGAGCUCAUCGGGGGGCUGGACAUCGUCAAGGAGCUCGAGGCAUCGGGAGAGCUGGACACGAUCUGCCCAAAGGGCCAGAAGCUGGAGGACAGGCUUAAAUCCUUGAUAAACAAAGCUCCUGUGAUGCUCUUCAUGAAGGGAAACAAACAGAUGGCAAAAUGUGGCUUCAGCAAGCAAAUCAUAGAAAUCAUGAAUAACACUGGCGUGGAUUACGAGACCUUUGACAUCCUGGAGGACGAGGAGGUGCGCCAGGGGCUGAAAUCCUUCUCCAACUGGCCCACGUACCCCCAGCUCUACGUCAAGGGGGAGCUGGUGGGAGGGCUGGACAUUGUCAAGGAGCUGAAGGAAAGCGGCGAGCUGCUGCCCGUGCUGAAGGGGGAGAACUGACGGGGGAAGAGAAAUCCUGGCACAGCCAGAGGUUCUCCUGGAGAAGCAGAAAACUGCAGCCCUGAGGAGCAGCAGACAGGAAAUAAACAGAAAUAUUCUCUCUGUGAAAAGGGGUUUCGCUGGGGACCCCAAAAGGUCAAUUAAAAUGCAGGGCUCCAGGA